AUGAGCAUACUCCAGAGAGGAAGUGUUACACGAGGCGCUCGCCUCGCUCGCCCCGCGGACAAGAUGCCUCGAGCUCCAGGAAAGCGCGACGUAACUCCGCAGAAACGGGUGACCAUUGGCCUGUACCUCGCCGGACUCAGCGAGAACGGCCGGCUCCCUCGCGGCAGCAAGAAGCUCGUCAUGCAGACCUUCAAGAUCAGCCGGGGCUCCGCCGACAGCAUCUGGAGGCUGCGACGGAUCCAGACGCAAUGA